AAUUUAACUUCUCAUUAUUCAAACCCUAGCAAAGAAGAAAGCGAGAGAGAGAGAGAGAGGAGAGAGAAAGCGAGAGAGAGAGAGAGAGAUCUUGUGUGUGUUUAUAUAUGUAUAUGCACACACAUAUAUAUAUUCGAAGAAGCAAAUCUGUGGGAAUAUUUUUUGGGGUGGAAUUUGGAAAUUGGAUCUGACGUUGAAAGAUCGCAGAAUGGAAGAUGGCAUAUUCUUUUGGGGCCCUGUAACAUCUAAAGAGUGGUGUGAGCCAAAUUAUGUGCAGUCAUCGUAUAUUGCAGAAUUCUUCAACACCAUUUCAAAUAUCCCAUGCAUUCUCUUGGCUCUUAUUGGUCUUGUGAACGCCCUUAGACAACGGUUUGAGAAAAGGUUCAGUGUCCUUCAUAUGUCAAACAUAAUACUUGCCUUGGGGAGUAUGACAUAUCAUGCCACUUUGCGCCAGAUGCAACAGCAAGGUGAUGAGACACCAAUGGUAUGGGAGAUGCUUCUGUAUAUCUAUAUCCUAUAUUCACCAGAUUGGCAUUAUCGGAGUACGAUGCCCACCUUUCUGUUCCUUUAUGGUGCACUCUUUGCCAUUGUGCAUUCACAGCUUCGCUUUGGCAUUGGUUUCAAAGUACACUAUGCACUAUUGUGCCUUCUUUGCGCUCCUCGUGCAUAUAAGUAUUACAUUCAUACAGAAGACACAUUGGCAAAGCGCCUCGCAAAGUUAUACGUGGCAACUUUAUUGAUCGGAGCUGCUUGCUGGCUAUGUGAUCGAUUAUUCUGCAAGCAAAUCCAGGGCUGGUACAUUAAUCCACAGGGCCAUGCAGUUUGGCAUGUCUUAAUGGGCUUCAACUCGUACUUUGCAAAUACAUUCUUGAUGUAUUGCCGUGCUCAGCAACGUGAAUGGAAUCCCAAAAUCAAGCACUUGUUUGGAUUUUUCCCAUAUGUGAAGAUCGAGAAACCAAAAACCCAGUAGCAGAAGUCACUUCUCUUUUGAGCUGAGCCUGUAAUACCAAACAUGUGCAGGAUAUGGCUCUGGUGAGCACAAAGCAAGCACUUGCAAUUUUUUCUCUUUUCCCAUUUUGCAGAAUGUAUUGUAAAUGAAAGUCUGGAAUAGUUUUGACUCGACCGAAUAGUGGUUAAUUUUUGACUGUACAAUUAGUGGUUUUCCAGUGUACCAUAUUUUACACUCCCACAGAAGAUGACAUGGAUUAACUAGUUGAUUCUUUUU